CUUUUCUUCCCUUCUCUCCUCUUCCGCGUCUCGAAGGUCGGGGAAAGGCUUGCGCAGGAAAAUAACAGGAGGGGCAAAAGGAAAGCACAUUCUUGGGAGAGAGAAACUAGAUAGAGAGAGAGUAUGACAAGGGUUUGUGCUGCUACGUCAAUGGCGGUUAGGGAUUUCUGUUGAUUCACUCCCCGAAAACCUUCAUUUCCCGCUUAUAUCCUCGGCUUCUGAAGCUAGCGAUGGGCGCUCCGGACAAAUCGCAAUCUACCUCCAACUCGAUGCAGAGAGUGAAAGUCUAUCGUUUAAACGAAGAUGGUAAAUGGGAUGACCGAGGAACGGGACAUGUCACCAUUGACUAUAUGGAGCGAACAGAAGAACUGGGUCUUUAUGUGAUUGAUGAAGAAGACAAUGAAACACUACUUGUGCACCACAUCAGCCCUGAGGAUAUCUACAAGAAGCAAGAAGACACAAUUAUCUCAUGGAGAGACCCAGAGCGCUCGACAGAACUGGCUUUGAGCUUUCAAGAAACCGCAGGAUGCUCUUAUGUUUGGGAUCAGAUCUGCACUGUGCAACGUAAUAUGCAUUUCAACUCUCUUAACAGUGAAACAUUCCACAGCCUGAAUAGUGAGUUGAGGGAGCUUCCCGCCGUAGAGCUUUCCACGCUUCCUCUAAUACUCAAGAUUGUGACUGAGAGUGGCAUUACUGAUCAAAUGCGUCUAGCUGAACUUAUUUUGAAGGAUCAAGAUUUCUUCCGGAAACUGAUGGAUGUGUUUAGAAUCUGUGAGGAUUUGGAAAAUGUUGAUGGCCUUCAUAUGAUAUUCAAUAUAGUCAAAGGAAUCAUUUUGCUCAAUAGUCCUCCGAUCUUUGAGAAAAUCUUUGGGGAUGAGCUAAUCUUGGAAAUUAUUGGGUGUCUAGAGUAUGAUCCUGAUGUUCCUCAGUCCCAACAUCACCGUAAUUUUUUGAAAGAGCACGUUGUUUUUAAGGAGGCUAUUCCAAUUAAAGAUCCCCUGGUCCUUUCAAAGAUACACCAGACAUACAGAAUUGGUUAUUUGAAGGAUGUUGUUUUGGCUAGAGUUGUAGACGAUGCUACAAUGGCAAACUUGAAUUCAAUAAUCCAUGCAAACAAUGCUUUAGUCGUUUCUUUGCUGAAGGAUGACAGCACCUUUAUCCAAGAAUUAUUUGCAAGGUUGAAGUCACCUUCUAUAUCUGCAGAAUCCAAGAAAAAUUUGGUGUGCUUCUUGCAUGAAUUUUGUAGUUUAAGCAAGAGCCUUCAGGUGGUGCAGCAACUGCGGCUUUUUAGGGACCUCAUUAAUGAAGGGAUUUUUGACAUCAUAGCAGAUGUCUUGCAGAGUCCAGACAAGAAACUUGUAUUAACCGGGACAGACAUCCUCAUCCUUUUCUUUAAUCAGGAUUCUAACCUUUUACGUUCUUACAUUCUUCGGCCAGAAGGAACUCCCCUCCUUGGUCUCCUGGUGAAGGGAAUGAUGGAAGAUUUUGGUGAUAAGAUGCACUGCCAAUUUCUAGAAAUUAUACGAAGCUUACUGGAUCCAAAUUCAUUGUCUAGUGGAGCUCAGCAGAGAGCGAAUAUCAUGGAUAUUUUCUGUGAGAAGCAUCUACCUGAGUUAGUUGAUGUUAUAACUGCCUCCUGUCCUGAGAGGCCUGACAAUAAAUCUGAAGGUGCAGCCGGAAAAGUUGGAAGCCAUCAUAGUGCGAAGCCUGAAGUGUUGUCAAAUAUUUGCGACUUGCUAUGUUUUUGCGUUCUGCAGGAUCCUUCCAGGACAAAGUGCAAUUUUCUCCAUAAUAAUGUGACAGAAAAAGUUUUGCAUCUGACACGCAGAAAGGAAAAACACCUUGUGGUUGCUGCUAUUCGCUAUGUCCGAACUCUUCUUGCCAUAUUUGAUGAGUAUGUGCAGAAUUACAUUGUUAAGAACAACCUACUGAAACCGGUUAUUGAUGUGUUUGUUGCCAACGGCAACCGGUACAAUCUGCUGAACUCUGCUGUGCUGGAGCUUCUUGAGCACAUACGCAAGGGAAAUGCAACAGUGUUGCUCAAAUAUGUAGUUGAUACCUUCUGGGAUCAGUUGGCUCCAUUUGAGUACUUGACCUCCAUCCAGGCAUUCAAGGUGAAAUAUGAGCAGUGCUUAGAAAGUACUGUACCGAAGAGCAAUGUUGAUUUAGUCGAUUCUAGAAGAAGAAUUGAUGAGCGUGCUUUGGAUAAAGAAGAGGAAGAUUACUUCAAUGAGGACAGCGAUGAAGAAGAUUCAGCAUCUGCUUCUAAUACACAAAAAGAACAACAAAAGCCCCAUCUCUCCAAUGGAGUGGUAGCAAGCUAUUCAUCUUCGAGUCCGAGGUCUGGUGGAUUGGUUGACUAUGACGAUGAUGAUGAAGACUAUAAACCGCCUCCUAAGAAACAGCCAGAAGCUUCCGAGGAGGAAGAAGUCGAGUUCCGUAGGUUGAAACGCAAAUCCCCUUCGGGAGAAAGAGAGCAGGGGCCAUUGAAAAAACAACGGUUGGUCAAAAGUUCCAUAAAGGAAAACGCAUUUGAUGCACUCUGUUCGACGCUUAGCCAGGCAGUGCUUCCGGGUAAGAAAACUGCGGGCUCCACCGCAUCUGCAGCAACACACUCAACCGAAACAAACAAGAACUCACCGGAAGAACGCCAAGAAACAAAGGAAUCUGAGAAGUCCAGAAGUUGCGAAGACCACAGCAGCAGCUGUCCAGAUGACGAUGAAGAUUCUACUUCCCGGAACUUCUCUGACAGCAAGAGGGAAGCAGCAGACAAUGGAAAGCUAACUGGGGAUGAAAAUGCAUUAAUACCCCAGAAAUCAUCACCCGAAAUGGCUGUAAAUGGAUCCUGAGCUUAACACUUUGGAAGAACAGUUUGGUACCGUCGGUUUUCUCUCUCUCUCUCUUUCUCUCUCUUUGUUCUUGUGGCUGUGACAGAAGGCAGUUCCAUGGCGGCUGAAGGGCGUGGAAAAACGCUUUAGCCGAAAAAAACAGACCACAAAGAGGCUUGGUUUAUGAUACUAAUGGAAGUGGAAGAAGAAUGUGUAUAGAGCCGACAGAUGGAUCCGAACAAGAGGUAAUGUUCUUGUUCAUAGUGUUUUUGCAGCCUUUUCCACACAUAGCAAGAACCAAAAAAAAAGUUAAAAAAAAAAACCGCUUCGGCGACAGCCUUUCCAGUGGUAUGAGCUGAUGAGUAAUCUGCAAUUGGCAUUUGUAAAAUACAAUCUAUCAUCAUGAUCAUCACAAACUUUCUUCAUUUGAAUCCGAAUGGCCCUUUUUUUUUUGGUGGGGAGUUUUGUUCUUAGAUUUUGAUUUCAUGAUAGUCUAUUGUGUGAUGUGUUUUUUGGGUUAUGCUUAGUUCGUUAGCUGUUGGGUAGGACGAAUUGGUCUCUGGUUAGAAAGGAAGCGCCGUAUUUGAUU